GAUCCUCGGCACGUGGCGCGAUUCGGUUGCUUUGAUUCGGGCGGAGAUGUAUUCGCCGAAUGACAUGUGGCUGCUGAGUAACGGUGGUGGUGGUGGUGGAGAGUGGUGUUGGACGAAACGACGUUCGAGUCGAGGGCCUUUUCCUAGGAGGGUCAAUGCGCAUGGAUGGUGGGACGAUGAUCAGAUUCUCGUUGACGUGGAAUGUUGGGAGCUCUUGUUGUGUGAUACCGUCGCUGAGGAAUGCAGAGUUUUGAUGAUGGACAAGUCGCCGCAGCGCGUGCAUGUUUACAGAGAAAGUUUGAGUUUGCAGCUGACCACAAACUGAUUGAUGUUUCUUUUUGAAUUUGUGGUUUGCGUUAAAAAAAAUUUGUGUGGUAUGGUUUAAGAAAUUAGUGGUUUAUUUUAAUAAACGUGUAUUCUGUCUGCUAUAUUAGGUCAUACGACCGUCAUUGUCUAACUUUGGGCUUUUAGGGUGGGCCAUAAGAACCAUAAUAGCUUUGCGCUAUAGCCC